UAUUCGUCAGUAUUCGGUCGCUUUUCGUCGUCGUGCGUUAACAUGUGUGAACACGCGCGUGUAAUCUGUCAGCACGUGUAAGGCCAACGUAGCAGAGGAUUCACGGAAAUUUGUAAUGGAAGAACGUGAAAGAUUCUAAGCGAAAAGUGUCUUUGAAAUACAAAUUGAAAGAGGUUUGGUAAACUCUACUGCUCCAAGAUGAGUACGAUACUGGAAAAGAUCGCCUCGAUCGAGGCCGAGAUGGCCCGAACUCAAAAAAACAAAGCCACGUCUGGUCAUUUAGGUUUGCUGAAGGCAAAACUUGCCAAGCUGAGAAGAGAACUAAUAACACCGAAAGGGGGGGGAGGUGGCGGUGAACAGGGAUUCGAAGUCGCAAAAACUGGUGAUGCUAGAAUAGGUUUCGUUGGCUUUCCAUCUGUGGGCAAAUCUACCUUACUGAGCACGCUUGCUGGUGUAUAUUCGGAAGUUGCCGCUUAUGAAUUCACAACCCUUACAACUGUGCCAGGUUGUAUAAAGUACAAGGGUGCAAAGAUACAGUUACUGGAUCUUCCUGGUAUUAUUGAGGGUGCCAAAGAUGGCAAGGGCCGUGGAAGACAAGUCAUAGCAGUCGCUAGAACCUGUAGUUUAAUAUUUAUUGUCCUGGAUGUUCUGAAACCUCUGGGACACAAGAGGCUGAUUGAACACGAAUUAGAAGGCUUUGGAUUAAGAUUGAAUAAGCAGCCACCGAAUAUUAACUUCAGGAAAAAGGACAAAGGUGGCAUCAACUUUCAGACUACGUGUGCGCAAUCGGAACUGGACUUGGAUAUGGUGAAAACUAUUCUGUCAGAGUACAGAAUCCACAAUGCAGACAUUACAUUGCGGUACGAUGCCACGUCCGACGAUCUGAUCGAUGUGAUAGAAGGAAACCGUGUUUACGUGCCGUGCAUUUAUUUGCUCAACAAGAUAGAUCAAAUCAGUAUCGAAGAGUUAGAUGUCAUUUACAAAAUACCUCACUGCGUACCCAUCUCUGCUCACCACAAGUGGAACUUCGAUGAUCUGCUCGAGAAAAUGUGGGAUUACCUGCAGUUAGUUAGAAUCUAUACCAAACCCAAGGGUCAACUUCCGGAUUAUAAUUCCCCUGUGGUUCUGAAUAGAGAGAAGAGAACCGUCGAAGACUUCUGCAACAAACUUCACAGAUCUAUUGCAAAGGAAUUCAAAUAUGCCCUUGUAUGGGGAUCGUCGGUCAAACAUCAGCCUCAGAAAGUGGGAAAGGAUCACGUAUUAAGCGACGAGGACGUCGUUCAAAUUGUCAAGAAAGUCUAAUUCCACCUGAAAUCCCUCUGAUUGAACUUUUACAGUGAUUUUAUCUUAUGUAACUGAGCUUAUCAGAGCUUGUAAAACGGUUUCUUCUUUGCUUUUUAUUCUAAUACGAAAAAUAAGGCGCGUCGAUAUAUGUGUAAUUAAUGUAUAAAUUUUUUCACUACAUCUAUAUAUAUGUUACGAGAGAUUGAGAACUUACGUACGCGUUUUCUGAAUACUGUAUCAUAUUUAAAUGAUCCGCGCACAAAAAGAACAGUAAAAUACACAACU